GAAAUGGCUGAAGGAGGAACAACAUUAGAAUACACACCAACUUGGGUGGUGGCUUUAGUUUGUAGUGUAAUUGUUGUUAUUUCUCUAGCUGUUGAACGUCUUCUGCACUAUGUUGGCAAGGUGUUGAAGAAGAACAACCAGAGACCACUCUUCGAAGCCUUGCAAAAAAUCAAAGAAGAAUUGAUGUUGUUGGGGUUCAUAUCACUGUUACUGACCGUGUUUCAAAAUAUGAUAGCCAAAAUCUGCAUAUCUGAGGAAUUAGCAAGUAAAUGGUUGCCUUGCAAGAAAGAAAGAAAGGCAACCAUCAAUAUUACAGCUCAUUUUCAAUCUGUUUUCUCUUCUUUCCAUGGCAACGGCCGCCGCCUUCUCGCCGAGUCCUCAACCUCGGAGAGUUACUGUUCCGGCAAGGGGAAGGUGUCAAUAUUAUCAAUCACGGCACUGCAUCAUCUUCACAUUUUUAUCUUUGUGCUAGCUGUUGUGCAUGUCACUUUUUGUGCUCUAACCAUUCUUUUCGGAGGAGCAAAGGUUCGUAAAUGGAAACGGUGGGAGGAUUCUGCUUUUAAAGGCCAACAUGAUCUGCCAGAGGUUCAAAGAAGAAUAUAUAUCCAUCUCCAAGAUCAUGAUUUCAUCAAGAAUCGUUAUGAGGGUCUCGGAAAUGGCUAUGCUUUGCUAGGCUGGUGGCAUUCAUUUUUCAAGCAAUUCUAUGGAUCUGUCACAAAAUCAGAUUACACCACCUUGCGGCUAGGCUUCAUUAUGACUCAUUGCAGGGGAAAUCCAAAGUUCAAUUUUCAUAACUACUUGAUGCGUACCCUUGAAGCCGAUUUCAAGAAAGUUGUUGGAAUAAGCUGGUAUCUUUGGCUAUUUGUUGUCUUUUUCUUGUUGCUGAAUGUCUAUGGCUGGCAUACAUAUUUUUGGAUAGCAUUUNGGAAC